CCUCAGCUCAGACUGUCGGUGUCUGACAUUGUAAGCCUCUGCAUUCUUAACUAAACGAAACUGAAGCAACCCCAGACGACACAAUCAAUUCACCCCUGUACUAGAAUCAAUAAAAUUUUGACUGAAUUUAAACUUUUUAGGAGGGUUAGUGUUUUUUUUUUUUUUUUUUUUUUUUUUUGGGUGGGGCAAAAUAUAGUAGUCAAAUAUGAAAGACGAAGAAGCACAGACAACGACAACAUCAGCAGCAGCAAGUACAACAACAAAUGCUGCUGUGAACAAGAAAGAGGGGUCCUCUGAGGUUGGCUUUUUGGGUAGAAGCAGAUACAAGUUCUGGGCCUUGGCUGCAAUUCUUCUGCUAGCAUUCUGGUCCAUGUUCACUGGCUCUGUCACUCUCAAAUGGUCUUCGGUUCACCUCAACCAUGUCUCCGAUGACCUUUUUGGCUCCCCACUUCACCACGACCUCGAUAUUCUGGAAGUGGAGGAGAGGGAGAAGAUGGUGAGGCGUUUGUGGGAUGUGUAUACUCAGAGCAAGACUGUGAAGUUGCCUAUUUUCUGGCGAGAGGCUUUUGAGGCAGCAUACGAGGAUCUGAUUAGUGAAGUCCCCAGGGUCCGACACGCUGCCAUUUCCGAGAUUGCCAAGAUGUCCUUGGUGCGCUCCACGCUUAUACAUCAACUUGAACCGUCUUCUCACAACUCUAUAGAGAGGGCAUCCACAGAGAGUAAGCUAGCAACCCAACCGGGAGGAGAAAAAGUCAGCACCGACAGAGCAUGAGGAUUAUUAACAGUGCACUGCAUGAUCAUCUGGUCGCUUAAUUGCUUGUACCGGCCAACAUUUAAGAUUAUUUAUACGUUGAAGUGUAAAAGAUUUUGUAGUAGUAGUAGUAGUCAUCUGCAAAUUUAUUGAUGACAUUUUAACUUUACUCAAUUUGAUAGCAAGUUUAAAUAUCAAUUGUUCAUGAUGCUGCCUCUAUGCCUGGGAUUUGUGCCUUUUUUUUUGGGAGCGGUAUUUGUACUUGAACAACUGCAGACUCCAACUCAAGCAAGCAUGAGCUUGGAUCUUCCCAGCUACUUUCAUUGCAUCUGGUAUCAUCUCUCUGUGAAAACUUGACAUUUUUUAGACAAUUUGCUCUUCGAUGCCAAAAGAUUCAAGAAAUAGCUGCAAUGACUGCAGCAACUUGCAAUGAUUCUUCAUUGAA